AUGAUCUCCUCAGCUGUAGCCAUUCCUGAAGAACCCCAGUCGCAGCCCGACGUUGCAAGCCAAAGCACAUCUCGCAAACGACGCCAAUCAUCUGCCUCAGGAUCAUCCGAAUCAAACAAAAGACUUCAUCUGGAUAAGCAAUCAUCAAACACAUCAAAUCAUGGAACACAGUCCCCUUCGGCUGCAGUACCAUCGGAAUCAUUCCCAACCACCAUGAAUGGAGGGCAGGCCGCGUCUCCUCUACGCCAAUCGGACGUACGCCGUCGGCAAACAUCGUCGAAUCUUGAACAAGACAAAUCCCGUAAUCGCCGUCUCUUCGGCGCCCUGUUAGGCACCCUCUCACAGUCUUCACGCCCGUCAAAAUCAUCCGCCGGAAACAGUUCGCGUCGGGAGGAAAUUGAAAGCCGCCAACGUGAGCGGCUGAAGCGUGAGAAUGAGGAGUUGGCAGAGCAUGCUCGGAGAAAGAAAGAACAGCUUGAUCGUGUCCGACGGGCGGAGCAAAGGAGAUGGGACAGAGAGGGGAUGAGGAUUCGGCACAGCAACUUGCGGGCUGCUGCUGGAUUUUUACGGACCAAAGCAGAACCCCAACUGUACUAUAAACCGUGGGAACUCCGCGAUUUCGAGGAAGACACUAUCAAACGCCAAAUCGAUGAAGCCGACGAAACAAUACAGCGUGAACGGGACGAAUUCGAUCGGCGCCAAACAUCCGAAAAUAAUGAGCCGGCAGACCAUAGGAGCACCCAUGGCGACGAAAAUGGUUCCAGGAGUUUGGACGUAGGCGACGGUCGGCAACCAAAAGUCAACGAUGAUGGAGGUCGAAGCAGAGAUGACCUGAAAGAUGACGAGGCGAGGAUGGACGAUUCGUCCGACCGGAGGGACCGUGACCAUGUCGCAAUUUCAGAGUCGUCCAGCACAGCUCCACGAGAGGGACGUGUGAAGGAGAUUGACGUGGAGAGACCCAUGAGCAAAGACGACGACCAUGGAGGAGAAGAGUUGGAGCUGGGCCAGGAGGAUGAUGUGAUAUACUGA